AGGAAGUUUUAAGCUCAGAUAAUACAUUUAGCUACAUUACUGUUAGCUAUGUUCUAGUGCUGACCUAUUUAAGGAUGCAUUUUAUCAUUUUAACAUUGUUUUUUACUUUUCAGAUAAGGGUGAUACUUAGUACAGUAUGUACAGAUCCAAGUAGUUCAGUGAAGCAUUUUGGGAGAAGCUGUAACUCUAACAGUGAAUGUAUUACCCAAUACUGCUCUUCUCGUCGAUGCCGGUGCCGCACUGGUCAAUCUUUUGACAGUCUGAUAAAUUUAUGUUUACCAACUAAUAACAUGAAUAUUACAAGUGUAAGUGGGAAACUUUUCACACCAUCAAGAGAUGAAUAUAUUUUUUAUAGAAAUGUAAGACCAGAAAUCAAAUGGACCAUAGUAGGUGCCAAUAAUUCGUAUGUCGUAGUAAGCUUUUUGUUUACAUCCAACCUUCCAUCAUUGAGAGAAAAGACAAAUGAAGUAUGGCGAUAUCAUGGAUCUUAUAGAUAUUUUGUAACUUUAAGAAGUGUCUACAGCAAUGGUAGCUCAGAGUAUUUGAACAGUGCUUACAUAUUCUAUAGGGAAAAAAACACUUUAGCGACGCAACUCGACUCUGGACUCCAAAUUCAAGUUGACACUUCAUAUCAAAGAAACAUGUUUACAUUUAUAGAUUACAGAGUGUACGAAAAAGAUUCCAAAAUAACUGAGACAUAUGGCUCAAUAGCAAGUCCUGGUUACCCCAAGAGCUAUCCUGCUUCGUCAAUAUUUACAUGGACAAUCUCCGGAAAGUCAAUCUCUUUCAUACUGACCGACCUGAAAUUAGAUGGUUGCUGUGAUUCGCUUACUAUAUACAACGGCACUUCCAACAGUUCAGCUCCGCUAGUCAGACUCUACAAUAAAACAACGCAAAACACUUUCACGACAAGUGGUGCUAUGUACAUUGUUUUUGAAACCAACAGCGCCAACCAAAGUAAUGGCUUUAGUGCAGUCUUUUAUAGACAAGAUCUAGACUACGAAGAGAAGUGUGACGCAAACUUCGAUGGUAUGUGUAAACCUGGCCUGGUCUGCAGGUGUGAUAAGUACACUGAAGCAAGGUGUCUUUGUCCUGAUGGUCACUACUUUUUUGAAGAAAAUUGCACAAAUGCUCUUCAGUUCAAGUCUAUGGUCAAGGAAACGACUACUACUCUUACGAUGGACGAUUAUUACGUGAGCUUUGUGUCUCAUUACAUUAUCUGGUCAUCAUGUGGUAGACUUGGAGAAAACUCUACGAAAUAUUUUUACCACAUCUUGGUAUCUGAUUUAACUCCUGGACAAGAAUACGCUUUCAAAAUCACCUCAACAAUGGCUGCAGGCACCUACACUGAUCAAAUUGUAUUGACGUCUUAUUUAACAGCAGUUACGUUACCCGCCAGGCCUGGAGGCAUUAUAGCAGAAGAAAGUAACUUAGAUAGCCCUCCAUAUGUUCUAAAGUUUAACUCUUCACAAGGGCUCGUGCAUCAUUACAAUGUGACGCUGGUAUCAGACACUCAAGUGUUGACUUAUCAAGUAAAUACAACAGAACUCGUGACGUCAGACCUGACAUCUGAUACUCUCUAUAACUAUACGAUUACUGCCUUCAAUAAACUUGGGAAUGAGAGUACGACUUUUAGAGGCAAUGUCACAACUGGUCCAGAUAAAUCUUUGCCUGUUGGUGUAAUAGUGGGUGCAACACUUGGUGCCAUUGUCAUACCAUGUUGUGUUGCUGUUGCUAUUCUGGUGCUAAUACGUAGACGAAGAACUGAAACAACUCAAAAUGUCAAUAUGCAAGAGUUGAAGACAAAUGAAGUCUCAUCGAAAAGCAAAAGCAAGAAAAAGUCAUCUGGUGACGGACACCUUAAAGAUAAAAAUCAUGGGUAUGAUGUUAUGAAAGUUCCAACAUCUCCAGAUAACACAGCUCUGUACGGAAAUCUCAACCAGUCAACAUCAGCUGAAGACUGCUACGCAAACUCGUCCGCUGUCCAACACUAUCUGGACAGCUCUGUCUAUGAAGAUUUCUGA